AUGGCGAGACUCGAAGAUUUCUAUAUCCAGAUGGGUCCUGACAUCUCAAGCGUCGACCCUAUCCUGCCACAAAAGCUCUCCAAGAGCGUCACAAAGCGAACAUUACGAUUCCGAAUAUAUAUAUUUGCAAUCAGCAUCCUAUCCAUAACAGGAGUAACAGUUGUACUCAUUUCCACCCUUCAUCGACCAUUGCUCUCAUACUCAGCCUUGAGCUCAUUGUAUACAACGUCCCUACGAACCAUUUCCAGCAACCAACUACAACGGAUGCAGUUACUCUAUACUUCCCAAUGCGGGAAUUCCCCUUCUCAAGCCCGCAAACGUGGCUGCCACUUCGACAUGAUAGAUUUCAGCUGGCAGCAAGCAAAUUGCUGGGACGAGGAUCUCUACACAGGCUUCUUAACCCGGUAUAAAGAUAUAUGGUACUGGGAAACACCAGAGGGAAAUCCAGUGCCACUCGACGAAGUCCAGGCAGGACUAUAUCCCGCCCUUCAUACGAACUGGAACUUCUAUGUUGUCCAUUGCUUGUAUACCUUGGAGCGCAUGAUGCAGGGGUCAUCGUCAUUGCAAUUGCUGGAUGACUGGUCGCCUCGAUAUUCGCAUGCGAAGCAGUGUACACUUGAUUUGAAGGAUACGGAGAAAUUUCUAGGGAAUACCAUGAUGACCACCGUGAAGAUGUGGUAUGCCUCCUGCGAAGCUAGAUAG